AUGAUUUUUUUUUUUUUUUUUGAUAUUAACUUAAAUUUGUGAAACAAAUAAUCUAUAAUACUUUAUUUUUAACAGCUUGUUACCAGCAAAAUUAUGCUGGGCACUAAUGUAUCAUAUCAUACAAGGACCUCAAUCUAUGAUGAUGUUUAAAGGAAGAGGGGAAGAACAAGUACUAAAGAAUAACAAUAACGUGGCAAUAAUACCCAAAGGAACUGUA